CAUGCCGGCCGACCUGAUGGAGAAGAGCAGCGCCUCGCCGGUGGCCGCCACCCCCGCCAGCGUCAAUGCGACGCCCGACAAGCCGAAGACGGCGGCGGAGCACCGCAAGUCCUCCAAGCCCAUCAUGGAGAAGCGGCGGCGGGCGCGCAUUAACGAGAGCCUGGGGCAGCUGAAGACGCUCAUCCUAGAUGCGCUGAAGAAGGAUAGCUCCCGGCAUUCCAAGCUGGAGAAGGCCGACAUUCUGGAGAUGACCGUCAAGCACCUGCGGAGCCUCCAGCGAGCCCAGAUGACUGCUGCCCUGAGCACAGACCCCACAGUACUGGGCAAGUACCGAGCCGGCUUCAGCGAGUGCAUGAACGAGGUGACGCGGUUCCUCUCCACCUGUGAGGGUGUCAACACUGAGGUGCGCACCCGGCUCCUGGGCCACCUGGCCAGCUGCAUGACCCAGAUCAACACCAUGAACUACCCUGCGCCCCCCCCGCCACCCCCGUUGCCACCAGCCGCAGCCUUUGGGCCACCCCUGGUUCCGCCAGGCAGUGGUGUGGGGCCGCUCCCAGGCGUACCCUGCAAGCCAGGUGCCGAUGCAGCCAAGGUGUACGGUGGCUUCCAGCUGCUGCCAGCCUCUGAUGGGCAGUUUGCCUUCCUCAUCCCUAGCACUGCCUUUGCUCCUGGUGGAGCUGUGCUGCCUCUGUAUGGUGGCCCACCCACAGCUGCCACUGCUGCCUCGCCGCCAGGCCCGCCACCCGGCACAGCCGACUCAGUCUGGAGACCCUGGUGAGGGUGGCGGGCACCGGACUGGACUUGGCACUGCACCCCGUGCUGCUGGCACGGCUGUACAUAGAUUAUAUGUUCAUAUUGGAUUGUGCCUUUGUACCAUAGCACUCCCUUGACAGUGUUUCGUGUUUUACACGAGAUCUUUUUUUUCUUCCUUUCCUCCCCUUCCUUAUGUGACACCAAAGAUUGGGGGUUUGUUUUUUUGGUUGGGAUUUUUCUUUUUUUUUUUUUUUUUUUUGAAUGCUCUUAAAAUAAAAGUUUCCCUUCCAUUUUGGAAGGCCUUUGGAGAGAAUUUGAGCUCUGGCAUGUGUGCAUAGGAGGGAGCCCAGUUCCUGGCUGCAUGUGGAUCUUGCUGCUCCAGGGCUGCCUUUUCCUGUUCACCAGGCUGGAGCUGUCACUCAGACCCUCUGUCCCCUCUGUCUUGUGAAAUCACCUGGCCCCUCUCCCUGCCCUGGGGCAGAUGUAAUUACUGCUGCUUUGGGAGCAGCUCAAUUAAUCAGACUUGCUAAAAGGAGCUUGUAUUUGCAGA